AUGUAUGCAAUCGUGCGGCACCGUGUGGAGUGGAAGCGAUUUUUGGUGUGUUUAAUGUUGCUACCGUGUGCAGCGAUCCGUACGGUGCUGGGAGUUUGUCCGGUGGUUGCAUCCUGCGAUGAGGGCCACACACCCUACCGGACCAUGGAUGGGUCGUGCAACAGUCUGUACAAUCCACUGUACGGUACACCGUAUCGGCCGUACCGGCGCCUGCUGCCGGCGCAGUACGGUGAUGGAGUGUCCGAGCCGGCCCGUAUGGCUUCCGGCAGACCGAUGCCGAACGCUCGUCAGCUUUCGGUGGCGCUGUUCGGUGAAACGGAAGCACAGGACCGGCGAAGCACCAUCAUUAACAUGCAGUUUGGGCAAUUGGUCGCGCAUGACAUGAGCUUUACCGCGGAUGUUUUUGGAGUGAAGUGUUGUCCAAAUGGGAAGAGAAUUCCACCAGAUUUGCUACCACCUCGCUGUAUGCCACUGGAAGUACCUUCAGAUGAUCCAGUUCUACCCGUGGAUGACAUUCAGUGUAUGAGUAUGUUACGCACCAAGACUACCCUUGAAUACCCUUGCGUUACUAACUAUGGUACCGCUGAACAACUCUCCUCUGUCACUGCGUUCCUUGACCUGUCCAUCGUGUACGGUAACGGUAUGGAACAGACGGCCAGCCUGCGUCAGCAUCGUGGAGGACUCAUGAUGGUGGAACACCGCCAUGGUCAAGAUUGGCCACCGCACAAUCCAAACGCUAGCAGACUCUGCCAGAUGCGGGAAGAAUCGGACGUUUGCUAUCUCACUGGUGACUUGCGUUCUAACCAGAGUCCACACCUGGCGAUUCUGCAGAUAGCUCACCUGCUGGAACAUAACCGGCUGGCGAGCGAACUUUCGAAGCUCAAUCCCUGCUGGGACGAUGAACGACUGUUCCAGGAGGCACGUCGUAUCAACAUUGGCAAAUAUCAGUCGAUAGUGUACAACGACUGGCUGCCGAUCUACAUGGGUCGUGAGAAUAUGCUGCAGCACGGACUGCUGCACUCUGUUGCUGGUGCGGGUGGAUUCGUUCGCGACUACAAUCUCAUGGAGGAUCCAACAGUGAGCAAUGCCUUCGGGACGGCUGCAUUUCGCUACUUUCACAACAUGAUAGUGGGCCAGCUCGAUUUGUACAACGAUUCGCGGGAGCAUCGCGUACGGAAUGGUACUAUCCGGCUUUCGGACUGGCUGCGCCGUCCGGGUGUGCUGGAGGAGCGCAACAACCGGGAGCUGCUGACGAGGGGCAUGACCACCCAGCCGCACGAUUCCGCCAACGACCAGCUGACGCCCGAAGCCAAACACUUUCUCUUCCGGAACGCGAACCAGUACGGUGCCGACCUGAAGGCGAUCGAUAUUCACCGGGCCCGGGAUCACGGACUUGCAAGCUACAAUGGCUACCGUGAGUGGUGCGGACUCGAGCGGGCCAACCGUUGGGAAGAUCUGUAUGCCAGCAUUCCACGAGCCACGGUCGAGCAACUGGCACGGUGGUACGAUACGGUAGACGAUGUUGAGCUGGCCGUGGCCGGUGCACUUGAAACGCACCACCCGGGCGCAACGGUUGGUCCAACGUUUCUGUGCAUUUUGUUCGAGCAGUUCCGGAGAACGCGCACCGGCGAUAGAUUUUUCUUCGAAAAUGGUGGCGAGUAUGGGUUCGAUGCGAAUCAGCUGCGCGAGGUACGGAAAGCGACGAUUGCGCGGUUACUGUGCGACAACACGGAAGGACUCGCGCGAAUGCAGCACAAUGCGUUCUUUCUCCCCGAUGAGCAGAACCCGCCGGUACCAUGCACGGAACUGCCCGAGGUACGGUUGGAACCGUGGCGCGAGUGA